GAAGAAACUUUCAGGAUGUUUCUAGGAAAGUUUCUCGUGUUCCUCGCCCUCGUGGCCGUAGUGGCCGGAAACCCCGUAAACCAGACCGUGGACGAUGUCCUGGUAAAGAUGGACGGUCGCAUCGUGGGCGGUGAAGAAACUACCAUCUACCAGGCGCCCUACCAAGUGAGCCUGCAGGUAUCCGGUCAUCAUUUCUGCGGGGCCAGCAUAAUCGCCAAGAAUUGGGUGUUAACAGCCGGCCAUUGCACUACGUACGGCGCCAGCUCCUACCGUAUACGCUCUGGCUCGACCAACGUGAAUUCUGGUGGCAGCGUUCACCGUGUUCAACAAGUAAUUAGACACGAAAAUUAUGGGACCACGGAAAAAGGUAUCCCGAUCAACGACAUCGCUCUGCUUCGUCUGGUCGACUCCGACGCGUUCCAAUUCAACAGCGCUAGGAAAGCGGCUAACCUGUACCAGGGAAGUUCCGCAUCUCUCGUCGGCAAAUACGCUUUGAUCACCGGCUGGGGAAACACCAACUCGGGAACACCCGUGGUGCUCAACAAGGUCUCCGUACCCAUGAUCUCCAAGAAGCAAUGCGACAACGCUUACAAAACCAUAGGUGGAGUGCCUCAGGGACAGAUUUGCGCCGGUGUUAUGGCCGGAGGCAAAGACUCCUGCCAAGGGGACUCUGGUGGUCCUCUCUUCGUCGAUGGACACCUAGCGGGAGUGGUAUCGUGGGGUAGAGGAUGCGGAACACCAAACUUCCCGGGAGUUUACACCGACGUCUCCUACUUCCGUCAGUGGAUCCGACAAAAGACCGGUGUUUAA